CAUGACGGUCAUUCAGAUACUGCUAUAAGUUGUUAGAUCAGUAUUCCAUCGGCUAUUAUAACCGGCUGACGUCCGCAGUUUCGUUUAUCUCGUAUUGUUGUUUAGGGCAACGGACGAAUGAUGAGAACGUUUGCUCUUUCAACAGCAUUCUGCAAUACCAUGCAACUAUUAACGUUGUUAACGUUGUUGUUGUUUGCUGAAAGAUCGUCCAGCGAGGGAGUGAAGCUACCGGCGAAACCUUUGAGUAUAUUGGCGUUUUUGCCGACCGAAGGUAAAAGUCAUUUCAUGGGCUUUAAACCGUUACUCGAAACUCUUGUUUCCAGAGGACAUAAUGUCACGCUUGUCGCACCGUUUGCGUUGGACGGCGCUAAACGGCCGUAUCGUCACGUCAAAGUGGAGCAAACGUUAGGAGAUUUCGACAUGCUAAAAGUGGCGAAAUACGUGAACCUCAUACCCACGCCGUUGCACUUGUGGUGGUUCGGGCCGCACAUUAGCGAGACAAGUCUGGACAAACCGUCGGUGGCGAACUUCAUCAGGAGCGACCGGUCGUCGUUUGACUUGGUGCUGUUCGAGAACUUCUAUCACGAGUGUUUCGUGGCCAUCGGGCACAAAUACGGCGCCCCGGUGGUGCAGCUGCUGCCAUUCUCCGCCAACUCCAGGGUGUCGCAGUGGCACAGCAACCCGUACAAUCCAGCCUACAUUCCGGACCUGACCAGUGCGUUCGGAUCGAACAUGACGUUCGCGCAGCGCACCAGCAACGCCGUGUCCGCGUUCUUCUACACGGCAGUCUCCCGGCUAGUAUACCUGCCCCGGCAACGGGCCGUGGCCGACAAGCACUUUGUGUACCCGGGCCACGACCGCCGUCCCGACCUCGUCGACAUGCUCCGGAACGUGUCGCUGACACUGGUCAACAGUCACCCGGUCAUCGGUACACCCGUGCCGAUGGUGCCCAGCUACGUACACGUGGCCGGCAUGCACUGCGUUCCCGCCGGACCGCUGCCUGAAGACCUAAAACAAAUAGUGGAAAGUGCUAAGGAAGGUGUAGUCUACUUCAGUUUGGGAUCGGUGGUAAAAUCGUCCAAAAUGCCCAAGGAAACUGUAUCGCUCUUAUUGUCGGAACUCUCGAAAAUCGAACAGACCGUUCUGUGGAAAUGGGAAGCUGACGAUGUACCGCAACUACCCAAGAACGUCAUCGUUCGAAAAUGGUUUCCCCAAAACGACAUACUAGGUCAUAAGAACUGCAAGUUAUUCAUCACCCACGGUGGAGUACAAAGCACCACUGAGUCCAUCUACCACGGGGUGCCCAUGUUGGCCGUUCCCGUUUUUGGCGACCAGCAGGGUAACUCACUACGCGCACAGUAUAGAGGCAUAGCUAUACAAGUACCGUACUUCGACUUGACGCACGAGGCGUUUGGCAGUGCCCUACACAAGCUCCUCAUCGACCCGACGUACCGGGAAAACGCCAGACAGACGUCGGCCGUGUUCAGGGACAACCCGCUGCCACCGCUGGAAAAGGCUGUGUUUUGGGUCGAGUACGUUGCCAGGCACAGCGGUGCGAAACACCUGCGGACUGCUGCCAACGACCUUUAUUGGUUCCAGUACAUGCUGUUGGACGUCCUGUUGCUGGUGUCGUUCGUGGUCGUACUUAUGGCGUGGACGACCAAAAAAAUGCUCGGCUGCGUGUUCGGCCGGUGCUGUCGCCGCAGCCGAAAUAUCACCUCGCCGCCAACAGUGGGGAAAAAAACGCAGUGAUUAUAAUAUUACAAGCGCCCCAAUAAUACAGUCGACUCUCAAUCACUCGAAGUUCGAGGGGGGCAAAAAUUCGAGUUGUUAAAAACCAAUCAACCGCCGUGUUAUGGCGUUUGAAGGAUAAUUUUUAAUAUCCGAUAUAAUAUCGUGUCGACUGUAUUGUAUAACUUGUUCGACAUUUCGAUGAAACCAUCAACGUCUUUCCAUUACAUGUUAUAUUACUUCUACACGACAUGUACAUAAUAUAAUAUUAUCAUAAAUUAUAAUAGGUAAACACGAAUCGCGGUAACAAUAAUAAUAUUAUACAUCGUGGUUGCGCGGGGCAGACUAACUCAUGACGGUCGCCAGCCUUACUACACGAAACGUAAAUUUAUUAUAGUUACGUACUACCUGUAAUAGUUGAACAUCGUAAUCCGUCGGUAGUCGGUACAUAGAUGUUUAUACUACAUUUCUGCCACGUGAAAAACGUUUAAAAACGAUAUUUAACACAAAACUUAUUUUACAAUAACAUUUUAUUUGUGCACGACACUGUAAUGUUUUUGCGAUAUUAAUAUUCUUCAUUAACCCUUUGAGUGCCAAAUUAAAGACAAAAUAAUUAAUUUACUUAUAACUUCAUUGAUAUUUAAUCGAUAUUUUUUUUACUGAACGUCUUUGGAUUAGUCUUUGAAUUUGCAAUCUAUUGGUAUACAUUUAAGUAUUGAUAACGGCAGUAAAUGAUUUUAACAAGAAAAGACGCAUAAUAUCUCCAAUUAUACUUUUUAAGCAACUACGUACCUAUAUUGAAGAUUUUCUAUUAAAAAAAUGGUAGGUAACCUAUCUUAUAUAUUUUGUGUCUUAACUUAUAAUAAUGUACCUAUAAUAUUAUGUUCACCCAUUUGUUAUAUUCAAUUUAUUUACUAUAAUAUUAUUAUGACAUCUAUAUAUUAAAUAAUUGUAUACCAAACUAAUUGCAGCAGUAUCUACUAUUUUUAUAAAUGAUUUAUGUAGUAGUGGGUUCUGCACUUCAACUACUGAAUAAAUACUGUACAUAAUGGUUGUGUAAGAUAUGUAUAAUAAUAUUAUGAAGAAGUACAUUUUUCACUCUUACGAGCUACAAUGAAUAACAAUAUGCAUGUAUAUUUUAAGGGGUUUUCUCCUAUUUUUUACUUGAAAUAUCAAAUUAGUCAAAUUUUCUAAUCCAUUAUCCAAAUUAUUUUAGUAUUAUUUUUAGCAUACACAUACUUAUAAUUGUAUAUAAUUUAUGUAAUUAUACUAUUUUUCAUGUUAUUGA